CCGAAAUGGUGGGGCACACGUUGGCAGAUGAGAGAAAGGGCAAUCUGGGCAGUGCGUGGAAAAUAUGACAACUCUAAAUGAGUAAUGAUUGUAUCCAGCAGAGACUGAGAGGGUCAACCAAGAAAUUGAACUGAACACCUCAUAUGACUGACAGUGGAAUAAACCCCAAACUCGCCAACCAUUUACUUCUUUUCCAAACUUGUUAUUCCUCCACAUGAAUCAUAUCUGUAAUUCUACAGUCUUUUCUGAAAUCUGAAACGGCGUCCCUUCCAUAUUGGGUUAAAACAUAAAAAAUAAACAGCGUCCCUUCUGUUUCAGUACCCUCUCUCUCUCUCUCUCUCUCUCUCUCUCUCUCACACACACACACACACAGUACAGAGAAGAUAGAGAAAAUCAAGACUUGUUUUUAGGAGACUUCAAGAGUGAAGAAAGAGAGGGUUUUUUUUUUUGGGAUUUAGGAGAAAGAGAGGAGUUGACAUCAUUUCGGUCUGUCUUUCCUUCUCUUUCAUUUUUUUUUUCCUUUUUUCCCAAGAAAAGCAUUAGAAUGGAGUUGGUGCCUUAUGACUCCGGCUCCAAACCAGAAUCAAACUGUUCCUCUCCACCGUGGCAAGACAUGUUCCGAUCCGCCUCCAUCAGAAAACCAGAGACAAACCACGCGCCUUCGCCGGAGCCCCAACAGCCGGCACCCUCAACUACUGAUGAGAAUAGGGAUUCCGUUUCCGGUGAUCCUCAGGUACGCCUCGCUCUCUACAUAACCAUGGCGCACGCAGGGCUUGCCUUCACAAUCUUUGUUCUCUAUGGAGUUUGCAAACUCCUUGAAGAUUUCUUGAGGCCCAUAUUGUGGGCUGUGCUCUGUUCAAUCCCUUUGAGAGGUAUUCAAGAGACCCUUGUCGGGUUUUGGUCGGAGCCACUGAAAUUAGGCCUCACAGAGUCAACUUUGGCUGUCCCUGUGGCGAUAUUCAGAGUCUUUGUCGGAACUCUUGUUGAAAUUAAAGAGGUGGUUCUGAGAGUUGCUCUUAGGAAGAAAAAGGAUACUUCUUUGAGGAAGAAAAAGAGUGGGUUUUUCAAAUUGUUGAGAUGGCUUGUCUCUUUUUGGUUGUUUGUGAUGGCUUAUGAGCAGAUUGGUAGCAUGGGUUCCAUUUCACUUCUUGCAUUGGGGUUUAUGUUUACAAGCAGUGGCGUGGAGUCAACUAUGAGUAAAGUUAGUACCUUCAGGAGCAACAGUUUUCGCAGGCUUUCUGUGAGUGCAUUUUUCACCAGGGCUAUAUUGAAAAGAUUGAAGACUCUUGUAGCCAUUGGGUUGAUUGUUGCAAUGAUAGCUGGGUCGUUGGUCGGGACGAUUUUCUUCUCAUAUAAGAUCGGUUUGGAGGGAAAAGAUGCAGUCAUUGCACUUAAAUCACAUGUGGAAGAGAGUAAUUAUGCUGAGAAGAUUGGGGUUAAGAAAUGGAUGGAUGAAAAUGAUGUCCCUGGAAUGGUGGAUAUGUAUUCUACAAAGGUUUAUGAAACCAUGUUUGACCAGAUUGACAGUUACGCAUUGCAGUAUAAUAUGACUGAAUUUGUCACUGGGAUCAAACAUUUUGUGAUAACCCCAUCAGGGAACUCUUCUUCCAAGUCCACAGCUCUGAUGAGCCCUUCCCCCUUUGCUGAGAAAAUCUUGAGUCUGAAGAACAGAGUUAAGGAACGUGAAUGGGGCCAAAUAUAUACAGAAGUUGAUGCGAUUUUCAGGGAAGUGGUGAUCAGUCGAGAGGAUUUGGUGGAGAAGGCAAAAGGGUUUGCUUCACAAGGAAUGAAUGUGAUGCAGAGUGUAUUAGUAAGUAGUAAAUCUGUUCUGGGUGGCAGUGCUAAACUAAUGUUCUUGAUUGGAAAUUCUAUUCUUUCUGGUGCUGCUGGCCUAUUCAAUUUUGUUUCACAGUCGAUGGUUUUCUUUUGGGUUUUGUAUUAUCUAAUCACAUCAGAGUCUGGUGGAGUUACAGAACAGGUGAUGUGCAUGCUUCCCAUUUCACGAUCUGCAAGAACUCGGUGUGUUGAGGUGCUUGACAAUGCCAUUUCGGGGGUCCUGUUAGCAACUGUUGAGAUUGCUUUCUUUCAGGGAUGUAUGACUUGGCUUCUCUUUAGACUAUUCUCGAUACACUUCUUGUACAUGUCGACUGUGCUUGCAUUUGUUAGUUCCUUGUUGCCUCUCUUUCCUCCAUGGCUGUCGACAAUUCCAGCAGCAUUGCAAUUAGUACUGGAGGGCAGAUACAUAUUGGCUCUCAGCUUGUCCAUUAUCCAUCUAGUGCUUAUGGAUUACGGAACUACAGAAAUCCAAGAGGAUAUCCCUGGUUAUAGUGCUUAUCUUACAGGUCUCAGCAUCAUUGGUGGAAUGACAUUGUUCCCCUCAGCUCUGGAGGGAGCAAUCAUGGGGCCGCUGAUAACUACUGUAGUAAUUGCUCUGAAGGAUUUGUAUGUGGAGUUCGUUCUGGAAGGACCCAAGGACAAGAACAAGACUGAAUAGGAAAAUGAUGUCUUGGUGCCAAGUGAGGAAGACCCCAUUGUUGAGCUUUUUGUGUGUUAAAGAAUGGGGGAGACACCAUUCUUGAACUGUUCUGAGUGUUCAGCUUCUGUAAUUUUGCACGGGGUUUUACAACCCCAUAGCUACAUGUGAAAUAUAAAUUUGUCAUACCGUCAGUGAAGAUCAAAACUGAAAUUUUAGUGUAA